AUGCUGGUGGCAUUUUUACUGCAAGCGAAGAAAUUUCAAAGUGUGCAAUUGACAGUUGGUGAAAAAUGUCCCUACAAGGAUACCAUUGAUCUCAGUGAUAAAAUGCCACUCAUCAACGGUUCCUAUAUAUAUGAGAAUGUGUUGAUUCCUAGAGACCAAGUCGCGGAAUAUAAAUAUCGUUUAUUUUUCGCCGAUAAUGCCCUCGAAGCGGAAGGUCAUUUACGUGGUUGCGUUUGUGGUAGACCAAAGAGAUGUGUAAAGAUGUGUUGCGAGCGUGAAGAGUUCUUUAACGAGGACACACUUGCAUGCGAACGGAUACCCGAAUAUAUGGAAAUACCCGAUCUCAUAAGUAUCACCAUGUUUAAUGGUAUCUGCUGUUAUUUCUUUUUUAUCUCAGCCUAUUUAUGGCUAUCGGUUUUAUGUAUCGACAAUUGGAUUCACUUUAAAGAUGUCAAUAAAGAAUUUUCAAGAACUAAGCAAAUGAAACGUUUCUGUUUCUAUUCGUUAUAUGCCUGGGGUACUGCCCUGGCAUUUACAACGAUCGUAAUAUGGGCUGAUUGGUCGGAUACGGUACCGGAAAAUUUAAAACCUGGCGUGGGCACUGAUGCCUGUUGGUUAGACACAAAUAUGUGGUCUUCGGCCAUCUAUUUUUAUGGGCCAAAUCUUUUAAUUAUUUUGUCGAACAUUGCAAUAUUUUUGCGUUUAUCAUUCUACAUAUAUAGGGUACAAAGUGAUGUUGCCAUUGUACUUGUGGAAAGUUUGCGCGACUAA